AGUCGACAGACAAAUGUCGCCGCCAUCGUUGGCGGUCACCGGAUGCACGGUCCGAUCGCCGAGUUCGAGCCGAAGUAAGCGCCCUUUCGACGUUGACCGUCAUUGUCAACACUCUCUAAGGCGCCGUGAUCAUGUCCAAGUCCGAGAACGACGAGCUGCUCAACUCCCUGAGCUCGCGCAUAUUCUCCUUGCUGGUCGAUGAUCUCGUCAUGGACGCCGCCCUCCAGGCUCACCGCGACGCCGCGAAGAGCAGGGCGGUGUGCGUGAAUUGUGGUACCUGCUGUAGCGCCGUACGCACGCCUGGGCAGUCUGGAUCGGCCUCCCCAUGCAAGGCGUCCAUGCUCUCGCGCUCAGGGACCCCCUCCAUGUCUGACAGCCGAGGGGGAAACGGCACGCUGGGCAAGGAAGGUGUGCUAUACCUGGAGUGCGUGAACUGCCAGCGACAGAUCGCCUCGAGUAGGUAUGCGCCGCAUCUCAGCUCGUGUAUGGGCCUCAGCUCGUCGAGGCGGGCAGCGGUCCGCGGGUCCGCGAAAGCGAAGCAAUCGGCAGAGCGGGAACGCUCGCUCUCGCCAGGGUCAGACGCUGCUGCAUUGUCGGAGGACAGCCAGCCGCUGAAGAACAAAGCAAAGUCGAAGAGCAAGAAGAAAGAUGAAGCCGAGUUCAGCCUAAAGCGCAAGCGUCCGACCUCACCCCAACCAUCCCCCAAGAAGCCCAAACCAAAGCCCGCUGCAUCUUCUGCAACCAACUCUCCCCGCUUCAAGAACCCUACUAUCCCCCCACCGGUGAGCCGCCCCGCUUCUUCUGCGCGCCUAGGCCCUCACUCACGCCGCCCUUCCACUCAACCCGUCCCCUUCGCUUCCCCCGCCCAGCAAUCCCACGCUUUUAAGAAAUCACAAUCCAAAGUCCCGUCCAAGCUCCGCGAGUCGUCCACCGUGUCCUUCGAGCGAUCGUCGUCGCCCGAGACCUCCUUGGGCUCGUUCAGGAGCCCGCCAAUGGCACAUCAGACGGUCGGCGGGACGUGGGGUGCGGCGGUGAAUGGGGGUAAGGGGCCGGGGAAUGCGGGUAAGCUGGCAGGGAACGGGGGUAGGGUCGCGGCGAACGGUAGUAAGAUGGCGGCGAGUGGGAAGUUGGCUCCGGGGACGAAGGCGGGAGCUGCGGGGGGCAGGCCAGCGGGCUCAGGACCGCCAAAGGCGGCGGGGACGGGGCCGCCGAAGAGGAUGAAUGCGACGCAGGUGAGGCAGCAGGUGCCGGUGCCGGUGCCAGUACCCAUGCCCGCGCCCGCGCCUAAACCGCACUUCGCAUUUGAUGAGGACGAAGGGGACGAGACGGGCUCGUCGACAGACUCGAGCAGCAGUUCGUGAUAGUGCCACUGGGUGCACACGAUGCUGCUCAGUCGAGCAUCUUGGACGACCCGUCACUCCUUUGUGGAAGGACAUCGGACAAUCUAGUACGGAGAUCUUCACCAGGUCAUCGAGGACUGGACUAUUGAACAAAGCUAUCCGCUAUCUAUUCAUCGCAUCUCUGUACUGUUCUGUAUUAUAUCUAUUCGAAGCAUUGUUCUCGCGCAUCUCACCUUGACGGCAAGUUGCGGACUCUGGUUGG